AUGGCAAUCGAAAAAUUGCAAUCCAAUGAAUUUAUAGUUAAGGUACGCAGAGGCCGUAUAGAUCAGCCAGUAUUCAUGAAGAAAAAAGCCGUUAUGACAUUCAAUCGUGAUCAAAAAGACAUCACUUUUCUGUACGACAACUGCUGCACCAUAUUAAAAACAAAGUUCAUAUCGCAAGUGCCUUGGUCGCCGCCACGAGGAUGCAAGCUGCGAUUUAUAUCAGACAUUCGAAAUGACGAGGAAAUGAUUUUGGAAUUUGAAAAUCACGAAAAACUGAUAGAAGCAUUCUCAAUUUUAAAGAACAAAUAUUUGGAGCGAUUGCAAUUUGUAUUCUCGAGUGAAGUGCACAGUGGUCGUGGUUUGCAUACAACUAAUGUUGGGAGCAGGACGGAAACAUCUGCUAAUUACGAAACACUUUCAAUGCUUGUUGAGUCUCGACGAAGUCGCGUUAAAAAUCAAAUGUUCGAACGUUUGGCAUUUUCACCACCAACUUUAAAGCGAUCCAAACAAUCUGAACCACGAAAUGAGUUGACAAUAGAAGAACGAGUAAAGCCAUCACCAUCAACAGAAAAAUAUAUUAAACCAUUGUCUCUCCAAUUUGGAGAAUCAGAGGAAGUUAAGAAAAAUCGGCGUAAUCCAAUUUUUGUCGAGUAUAACAAGAGAGAACAUACUCCGGUGCAGUUAACACCAGCAAUGCGCACAUUGGAUGAUUAUCAAGUCAACAAACCAACUACUUCCAAAGAAAAGUUUUCUGGAUUUGCUAAUCUCGGCAACACGUGCUACAUGAAUGCGAUGCUACAGGGAUUGUUUGCCAUGGAUAUUUUUGUUAAGGAUCUUUUCAGACUUUGUAAGAAAGCUCAGAAUCGUAAAGUGAACUUGGAUAAAGUAAUGCCAAUGAGUUUAGCACUUUCGAGUCUUGCAAGUAUACGAGACAAUACCUCAGAUCAUCAAAAGCGAAAACUGUUGACAGCAGUGAAAGAUGUGUUGCCGUUUAAAGGCAGUGCUCAGCAAGAUGCCAAUGAAUUUUUGGUCCACGUGCUCAAUCAAGUUCAUGAUGAAUGUGAUAAUCUGUUGCGUGAACAGUACGGAAUUGAAAAUACCGCGGAAAGGCGCAUGAGGAAUCCAGUAAUGGCAAAUUUUGCUUUCACUAUGCAAAGCACUAUUAUUUGCAACAUGUGCCAUCAUGUUUCACAAAUUAACGAAGACAACAUUAUUUUACCAGUUACUAUCAAUAUUUUGGAUCAUAAAAAUGAACGGUUCCCGAAAAAGUUCUCAUGUUUUCCAAGUAUGCAGACUUUGUUGGAUGAUUUUUUGAAGGCGGAAAACGUAGAGAGAAAAUGUGAACUUUGUCAAGGAGAAAGUGGACAAAGAACACAAAAAUUCGUUCAACUUCCACGAUGUCUUAUAAUACUAAUCAAACGAUAUGUUUAUGAUGCAUCGAAAAGUGUGAAGCGUACUGAUAAGAUUGAUAUCCCCUUGUAUUUGACUCUAAAUGGACAUUGCACUGAGUCGCCAACUCCGUUUUUCGCCGUAUCAUUAAGUACAAAAAAGAUCGAUUUUGCAAUUGUGAGUCCGAUUAAAACAGAUUUAAUAGCAAUAUCAGCCGGUGCGCCUUCACCGACCGGACGCUGUCUAGAUUUGUCAGAUGAGAGAACCAGUUAUGAUACUCGAAAUGUUAGCGCUGUGGAGGAAGCGCAUCAUGCGACAACAAAUUUCUACAGUCAUCGUGUGGAUUAUAGGACAGUGCGAACUAAUCAUGAUGUGGGUUUUGUUGUUCCCGGUAUUGGUUCGGAGUUCAAGGGCCGAAAUCAAGUAACUGAAGAUCUUGUUGUACCGUGGAGCUCGGCGGAAGAUUUUAAAAGGCCACCGAGCAGCUUAGCAUGCGAAGAGUUAAGUCGUAUGAACGAAGAAGAGCAGCUGCAAGUGGUUUGCGAGCGAAGCUUGAUGCAGACGAGCGAUCAGAAUAAAUCAAGUGAUUCAUCUCUGUCUGUUGAAUUUCCCGAAGUCGAAGCUGAAGAAGAGACUGGAGAGAGUUGCAUGAAACCUCUCGCACAGUCACCAAUCGCAGGUGAAAUGCAGGAGAAACGAAGGCAAGAUGAUUAUAUUAUUAAAGAGAUCGUGGCGGAGAAUUUCAAUAUAUCUCACUUGUCACAAGAAAGAGUGGAAACUCUUACACCAGAUGCACAUGAAGCCAUUGAAGAUAAAAGAGGACCAACUAGGCCAUUCACACCUGUCCCUCCUAACACUCCGAUUAGUAUGACUGAGCAACAUCAAGAGAAAAUGUCGCGCAGAAAUAGUCUGUCCAGUGAUGAUGAAGAAAUUUUGGAGGAAUCUAGUACGCAACUGGUACCGUACAAACCGAUAUCUGCUGAAAAACGACGUGCUAUUUGUUCUCAAAUUGGUUUACUCUUCAAUUAUGAUUGCAUUGAAAAAGCCACUUUUCGCAUAAUGAGUACAAAUGAUCGUCCAUCUCGAGUUGCUGAUAUUGUUGGUGACGGCAACUGCUUGUUCCGGGCGCUAGCUUUUUAUUUCGCCGGUAGCGAUAUCGAAUAUUCAAGAGUUCGGAAAUGUAUUGUUGAAUUUGAAGCAGAGCACUGGAAUGAAUUUGCUGCUUUGAAAGAUUGGUCGUCAGAAAUCUGGAAUGACCACAUGAAUCACUUGUUGACCGAUAAUACGUGGGGUACUGAAAUUGAACUUUUCGCUGUCGCAGCAAUGUUAAGUGUUGAUGUGUGGACGUAUUAUGAUCAGCGAUGGAUUUGCUAUCGACCAAGAUUUAGAGUCCAAAAUGGUGAUAUUAUACGCAUAUCUGUUGAUGAUUAUCGGGUGGGUAAUAACGAUGGUAUAUACUUACUGAACGAAUUCAACCACUUUACACCGGUGCUUGAACCUUCGAAUGCACUUCUUUUAAUGGAAGGUGUUGACGAGCGAAUUUAUGAUCUAGUUAUGAACGCCAAGGAAGGUUUCAUGAAGCCAUCUUAUCGACUUGUUUCGGUUAUCAGUCAUCUCGGACAUACAAGCGAAAGCGGCCACUACGUAUGUGAUGUUUGGUGCAAAAAAAAUAGGGGUUGGCUGUUAUGUGACGAUGAAUCAAUUUCGUCUACUAGUGAAAGGAAAAUUCGAGCCAGGAAAAAUGUCGGAUACAUUUACUUUUAUCUAAACAGCGAACUGUUCGAUAAUAAGAAUGCUUGA